CCCUUUUAAAAUGGCUGCAACUUUUUUUCUUUUCCAGGAAAAAUGAUGGUGGACUUCUCAGAUGUCAUCGAUGACCUGGAAGUGUGGGAGCAUGGCAAGGGUUUCAUUCUCCACGGCAACGAAGAGAGUGACCAUUUCUGCAGUGGUGGUGACCUAUCCGUCUUGUGCGGCUUGGAUAAACCUGAAGCCGGGGGAAUGAUGUGCCUCUUCAUGCAGAGCACCCUGGGAAGAUUGCGACACCUCCCGCUUAUCAGUGUCGCACAUGUUCACGGGCAAGCGGUAGGGGGCGGAGCUGAGCUCUCGACGGCGUGCGACUUCCGCCUGUGGACGGAAACCACGCAGCUCCAGUUCAAGCAGGCCAUGUUGGGACUCUCCCCCGGGUGGGGCGGCGGUUCGCGGCUGGUGCGCCUUGUUGGACCGCAGAAGGCGCUGCAGCUUCUCGCGGGUUGCCGAACGGUGACAGCUACAGAAGCGCUGGAGAUGGGCCUCGCCGAUGACGUCUUGCCAAGUAGCAGCGAUAGUGUGCAACAUGCUGUUGAGUGGUUAAGUCAAUACACACGUGCAUCUGUAGACAUAGUAAACGGCAUCAAGGAACUCGUGCUCGCAGCCUCCCACCUACCUCUGGACAAAGCAUUAAAGGUUGAGCGUGAGAUAUUCACCAGUUGCUGGUGCAGCCCAGAGCACGUGGAAAAAUUCAAGAAUGUUUUAGAGAAAUUACAGAAAUAAGCCUGUUGACCAACUCAAUGCAUGUGGAAACCCAGUAAUAUGGAUAAAAAUUUGUGAUCAUAAUGAUUUCAGUUUGGUUGCUUUCUGAAUUAACAUCCUAGGCUGCAAUAUCCUUUCAAAUAUGUAUUUAUUUAUUUAUGUUAUUGUCUUCCUUGUAAUGGAACAGGUGUGUCGAAACAUUUUUCUUGCAUCUAGACUGCUAAAUGAUAGAAUACUUACAGUAGUGACUGAGACAGAGAAAAGAUUUAUUGUGUCUUGCACUGUUUGACUGAAGUGAGUAAAUGAACUUAAAGUGUAACAAUCAUCUAAAAAACUAAACAGAGUACAGCUAGAAUGUAUAAAUCAACCUCAAAAACUUGCAAAGCAUUCUAUGGGCUAACAGAUAAGGAGUAUGAAACAAAUGAAGUUUAGGAUAAUAUAGCUCGCAUGGAACCUAAUACUGACUUGGGCUUCGUGUUGGCCCUAUUAUAUGAAAGUGCAUGUGGGUGCGUGGCUGUCCAAAAGUCUUACAAGUUGUUUUUAUGUUAAUUGAAAUUGUCGUUUCAACUUGCAAAAUCUGUUUACAGAAGUAAUAUUUGAAGCUCAUAUUGUGAAUAUAGUAUUAUUUUGUGAAAUUAUGAACGCACAGAACAAAUUAUUUGUUGAUGCAUGAGCCCUAGGCACAAACAAAAAUAGAAUUUGGGGGUCCAGGCUAAGAUGUUGGCUGCCCAUGUGUCGGGGGCGCCUGUACAUGUAAAUGUUGAAUUCUGCUUUUAUAAUGAAUGUGACAUUGUGCCAAAUCUUCUGAUGUUGUUGUUGUCUAGAAGCUGAGAAUGAUUUUAACAGAACAAGAAGUGACAUGUAAAUCAAAGCAUGUUUUAUGAUAGGAUGAUUGUGGUUCAUGUACAUCUUCAACUAAAACAUAUGGGCUCAGAGACUACAUGUACUUUAAUGUACAUGUAAAUAGAUUAUUAUUGUUCAUGUACAUGUAUGUUGAAGAAUGAAAUGAUUUGUUUAAUGUGACAGAGAUUUGCCAAAGACACAUCAAUGCAAAGUGUAGACAAUUUUUGGUUUAACAUGUAAAGGUAUUAUCUUUCUGAAAAACUUUUCCACAAACAUAAGCUGCAUGUGGCAGUCUAGCUUGAACAUAAAUGAACAUACAUGUAGAUUAUUAUUAUAUGUUGAAGAAUGGAAUGAUUUGUUUAAUGUGACAGAGAUUUGCCAAACGUACAUAUACAUGUACAUCAAUGCAAAGUUGCAAACUGUAAACAAUUUUUAGUUUUGGUUUAACAUGUAAAGGUAUUAUCUUUCUGAAAACUUUUACACAAACAUAAGCUGCAUGUAGCAGUCUAGCUUGAACAUGAAAGAAUGUGCUAUUAGUAGUUAAAUGAUAUUUUCUAGCAUUGUUUAGGAAUAUAUACAUGUAUAUGUACAUCUCCAUACAUUUACAUCUCCAUGUACAUAUGUAUCAUCUUGAAAUACUGUCAUGAUUAUUCAAACAUAAAGUGUGCUGAGCAGUGCUGUAGUACGCGUUUUAAAAGAUGGUUUGUAAACUUCCGCUAUUUUGUUGUGUUCGACUUUGAUGCCAAAUGCGUCGUAUUCAAGCCAAAGCACUAAAAUAACAGGAAUUCCAUGAAAAUACUGUAAGAUUUACUGGGGUCGAUUUUAGGGGUAAAUGCUUACUGUACGUGGCAAAUUUUUAAUAUUUUGUGGUGUAGCUUAUAGUGGGUGAGGGGGGGGGGGGUCUCUGUUAUCUCCUUUCUUGAGUUGAAAUAAUGAAACAAAAGAUCACUUACCAGUAUUUUUUGUUUGUAAUGAUACCUUGACUAAAAUCAAGAUAUAUACCCCUCCUUCCCCCCCCCCCCCACACACAAUAUCAAUUUUCUUUUCUUUUUACUUUUAAUCUUCAAAAUCAUGAAGAUCUGUGUAUGUAGAUUAUCAGUUGUGUCUUGCAGGCACACUAAAAACUGUGUUACACCCUGCUCAUUAAAGUGUAGGGCAUUAACUUGCUGUUUGGUGUACAAAUGCCGAAGGUUAAUUUUUGUUUGUUUACCUCUGACAUUCUGAAUAACCUGGCACCUGAUGUACAUGUGAUAUGACUUUUACUACGCAUGGGGCCUCCAUUUAACGUUCUAUCCAAGUAAUGAUCAUGAUGAUCCAAUUGCGUCAUCAUGCCUCCAAAUAUACUAGUCGUAUCAUCAUCAGGAACCUCCAUCAGGACAAUUUUACUUGUUUGAUUAUUGAAGGAUCAUUUUCUUACAAAAUCGUAAAUCUUAGGUGUUUAACACAAUGUACAUUUAUCUUUAAAUUUAAUGUACAUUUAUUCCUGGGAAUUGUCACCCUACAUCAAAGCUAUACUUUCAUUUAUGUUGUGUUUAAUUUUGACGGUCAAAGAGAUGAUAUUGAUAUGAAUUAUUUGUGAUUGUGGUAAUUUUAUUGAUUUGAAUUGAACUGAAAUAAUUCUUUGCUGGAGUAUUUGCAUGAAGUGCUGCAUGAUAAUAUUAUACUUGUUCAAGUGCAUUGAGUGUUUAAAUGUACAAUUUACAUGUACAUUAAAAGGAUUCAUUGUCAAGAAAACCUUGUCAAAAGAACUCUAUGGUAAUACAAUCAUAUGAAAUAGAA